CCCCGGUCACCAGGGCAGAGACGGUGCGGGCGACCUCGAACACCGCGUCUGUGCACUGAUUGAUUGCGGCCUCCUCACGAGUCCUCAGCAAGUGACAGUCUCCCUCCUCUCCUCUCCUCGACACACACUCUCGCCGCCAUGGACCAGUGGACAAAGCUCCAGGCUGGCUUCGCCGGCCUCAACAUCGGCCAGUCCGCCAACAAGUUCGCAAAGGGCUUCAACACCACCGUCCAGGCGACCAAGGAGCGCAUUGGCCAGGUGGCUCCAGACGACAUCACCGAACUCCCGCAAGAGUACAAGGACCUCGAGGCGCGGGUCGACAACCUCCGCCAUGUCCACUACACGCUCCUGAAAGUAACGAAGGUCUACGAGAGCGAGACGUACGACUACCCGACGCAGAUCCAGGAGUCCAUCUCCGACCUCGGCACGACCAUCGGCCAGGGGCUCACCAACUUCGCCGCACAGAACCUCAAGGGCACCGUGCCCGUGCCCGCGUCCCCGCCCGCGACACCGCCCACCGCCCAGCACAAGACCCUCCCGCACGCGAUCGGCCGCGCCGCGACGACCGCCGCGCAGACCCUCCAGACGAGCCCAGUCGCCGGCGAGGACAAGCUCCGCACCGCCCUCGGCGCGUACGCGGGCGCAUGGGAGAAGAUUGCCGACGCGCGUGUGCAGCAGGACCAGGUGAUCCGCGCCCAGUUCCUGCAGCCCUGGCAGACCACCCUCUCGACGAGCAUCGCCGUCGCGAUGAAGGCCCGCCAGGCCGUCCGUGGGAGCAGGCUCGAGCUCGAUUCUGCGAAGCAGGUGUUGAAAACCGCGGGCCCGUCGAGACAAGAGGCUGCCCGGCUGGAGGUCGAGAAUGCGGAGGACGACCUCGUGCAGAAGACGGAAGUCGCUAUCACGCUGAUGAAGGCGGUACUUGAUAACCCGGAGCCACUGAAGGACCUCCACGAGCUCGCCAAGGCGCAGCUCAUCUUCUACGCGACCGCCGCUGAGGCGCUAUCAACCGUCCAGGGCGAGCUCGAGGAGCUCAGCGUUGCCGCCGAGGGAGACUACAGGAAGUCGCGGGACCACUGAAUGAGAAACGAAAUGCGGAUGCCACGUUCACGAUAUUUAUACCUGACUGCCAUGUUGUCUCAUCUACCAGUCCCCUCUGUAUGCUGCGCUGACAGACAAUCUACUUUUCUGCUCCCUGUCUAAGAUGUGAGGCCUGUGAGGCGUCGGCAUGCCGGCGCACUGGCUCGCUGGCCUGGACUCCUGAUUUAGUAGCCCCCUUUAUCCGUCCUUUUAUGUGAUCUCAAUAUUCACAGCACUCAAUCGCUCAACGAUGAUCGACCAAGCUAUGUUUAGC